AUGGGUACAAUUUCUGCGAUUCAUCACAUUGAAUUCAUUGUUUCUAAUGCACUACAGUCAGCCUACUGGUAUUGUAGCAGUUUUGGUUUCGAAAAAUUCGCAGCGAAAAACACGGAAGUUUCAACAAGUUACGCAUUGAGAAAUGGAAAGGCUCGUGUUAUCAUCACUUCUUACAAUUCUCAGAAUAUGUAUACUGACCAAUUGAUCAAACACGGAGAUUUCAUCAAAGACGUUGCUUUCCGUGUUGAUAAUUUGGAUGGAGUUUUGCAGAACUUGAUGGAAAAUGACAUCAAGGUAAUUCAACAAGGAGAGAUCAACACAAAGGAAGGAUUAGUUAGAACAGCCACUCUACUAGCUGAUGGAAGUGACGUAACGCAUACACUCUAUGAGUUGGGAUCAUUCGAAGGAGACUUCCUUCCUUAUUUUACUCCGACAUCUAAUUUUGAGUUGUUUGACAGAAUAGAACGAAUGCCAGCGAUACUCAUGGAUCACGUCGUUCAAAAUUAUCCAAUUGGAGAGAUGGAAGCAGCAGCGGAUUGGUACUACAAGACAAUGAAACUGAAAAGGUUCUGGUCUGUUGACGAUAAAGUUGCCACGUCAGAAUACUCCGCAAUGAGUGCAUGGCUUCUUGUAAACGAAGAUCAUACUGUUCAAAUGACGCUGGCUGAAGGAGUUAAGGGACGGAAAGGGAAGAGUCAAAUCGAGGAAUUCAUAAACUUCCAUGGAGGCUCUGGAGUUCAACAUUUUGCAUUAUUGGUAGACGAUAUUAUUGCUGCUGUUCAAUUAAUGAAGAGGAGGAGUGUUGAGUUUCUUACAAUUCCGGAUGAAUAUUAUAACAUUCUUGAAGAUAGACUGAGCAAGACAAACUUGACUGUAAAGGAGGAUUUAGAAAUGAUCCGUAAAUUGAAUAUCCUCAUGGACUUUGAUGAGAAUGGUUAUCUCUUACAAAUCUUCAGUAAACCCAUGCAAGAUCGACCUACACUUUUCAUAGAAAUCAUCCAACGGGCUAACUUCAAGGGUUUCGGUGCCGGGAACUUCAAGGCACUCUUUGACGCAGUAGAACGUGAGCAGGAGAAAAGAGGAACUCUCUUCUGA